CACACAGAAUGCAAAAAUGGCGAGGCGACUAGUGACAAGGUGUCAGGAGGGGGGCACGUCACCGCGAGCCUCAGUUCAGAGCCGUCCGCCGCGGCAGCCACACGUCUCGUCCCGCUCCGAACACACGCCGCGACUGUGACUUGUGUAUCAUGUGCUGACACCGAGCCUUGGAUUUUGUGAAGUGCUAUUGUUCUGUGUUGUGGAUUCAUUAUCAUUUUUAAGCUGGAAAAGGAUAUUGGUCUGUGGAGCAACAUGCUCACGUCAAGCAAUCAGUAUUUACGACCGGAUUACCUGUCACCGCUUCCGACAACGCUCGACGCGAAAAAGAGCCCGCUGGCGCUACUGGCGCAAACCUGCAGUGCUAUCGGUGCAGACUCACCCAACCCCAAGCUGAUCUCCGCUGCCGAGAAAGCCAGCAAGAAGUACGAUGACAAGACGCACAUACCUGACAACAAACCCAGCUUUAAGCCUUACGAAUCGUGCCUAACAGCGAGAGAAAAGACUAGAACUCCUGAUGACAGAGGGUCUGUCAAUGCUUCUUCAAAGACGCCACUGUCGUCUAAGGGUAGUGCGUCGACCACACCAGUGCAAGCGCGCUGCGCCAGUAACCAGAGCUCGUCCUCACAGAGGACUCCUCCCCCGGCGCACCGUAAGACCCCAUCAGAGAAAUCAGACGAGAGGUCCAGUCCUCUGCAUGGUUCACCAGUACCAGCUAAAGCUAACUCUGAGUCAAUCAGUAUCUCGUCUGCAUCCAAGUUACCGUACACGCCCACCUCCCUAUCGUACAGCGCAGACACCAAAGAACACUCAAGCUUCAAACCCAGUGUACCUGUUUCAUCUUCCGCCUUCCUCGGCGGACUGCCUCAUAGUGGAUUUCCCCUACCAAUGGAUCUGAUGACCAGCAGCUUAAUGGCAGCGCAGCACCAUGCACUAAAGAAUGGAUUAAAUCCAUACCUCGCGUACGCUAGGAUGAAGGCACCUGGUAGUGAUCUUGGAAUCUGCAGAGACCCAUACUGCACGGGUUGCUCACUAAGUUCACAUUUGCUCAAAUCAGCAGUAUGUCCGGCAGGAUGUGCUCAAUGUGAUCAUGCCAAAACUCCAUUUCCGUUACCUACGGGUCAUCCCGCAGCGGCUGCGUAUGCUCACGCGCAACUAGCUGCCUUAGCGGCUGCAUCACAACUACCUUACGUGUGCAGUUGGAUGGCAGGCGACUCGGCUUACUGUGGUAAACGAUUCGCAACCUCAGAGGAACUACUGCAACACCUGAGGUCCCACACUGCGAGCGGAGAGUCGAGCCCGAGCCUGUCGAUGCUGAGCGCGACACACCCGCUGCUGCAGCGCACGUACCCGACGCCGCCGCUGUCGCCGCUGACGCCGCGGUUCCACCCGUACAGCAAGCCGUCGCACCUGGUGUCCUCGCCGCCGCUGCCCUUCCCGCUGCCGCCCCAUCCCUCGCUGGCGGCGUACUUCCCGCCGUACCCGCUGUUCGGGCCGCGGCCGCUGCACCCUUGAGGACCAUCGGCGCUCCACGGACACAAGAAGGGGGGCGCCGACCGUUAACGCCCAUGCCAAAAGGACAUUCGGAACCGAAGUAGUGUAAAUAUAAUGUUAGUGUUCUUCGGGUUUCUAGUCGGCUCAUAUCAUCGACGGAAGUGUAAGCCCCCGCAGACGGGGGUCGCGACAGCUGUGAUCUCUAACUCGUAAUCAUAAUAAUUAGUGCACUGAACGCUUUGUCGUAACCGCAUGUGCGGGUUUCAUUUUCUAGUUAGACUAACGAAAUUUUUAUGUACCAAAUCUAUAGAUUGUAAUUAUAAUUGAUUUUUUAUAAUUUAAGUUGUUGCAAUUACUUAGUGACGGUUGUUAAUUGUGUUUGUAUUCUUAAGUGGACGUUUAAUGAUUUGGCGAUACAUUGACCUAUCACAUAUCUUUAUAAUGAAUGUGCGUUGUGACUGAACGUUUCUCGUAGACGCAUCGUAGUCCGACUAAAAUAUUGCAGAUAUAUUAUAAUGUUACCGCAACUAUUUCUCGUUUAUAUUUAUGUAAUUGCUACUUUCAGUUUGAAAAUGAUAAAAUCUUAGAUGAAUCUCACGAAUACACUUUACUUUAAAAUUUACAUUGUAAUGCUUGCAAAACUGGCACGUUAUAUUUUUAUGUGUAACUAUAAAUUAAUGUUUAUAUAGUACACUGUCAGAAUGUUAAAUAAUGACACAAAUGAUAAUAGUGUGAAAGCGGAAUGCGUGUACAACAUACAUAAUGAAGUAUUGGACACUGUAAUACUUGCAACUGGUAACAGUUCAAAUUUAAAUUUGUUGUUAUAAAGGGCAUAAAGCGAAAAAAUAUACGUAAAUAUUUAAUUUGAAA